UUCACUUCCAUCUCUGCGUUUUGGUCUCUCUCUGGACCUCCACCACCCUUCUUCCUUUUUUUUUGAAGAAAAAGGAUCCUCUUUUUCAAAUUCCCAGUACUUGAUUCUAUGGUGCAUGAGAGUUGGGUUUUUCUUUGGCUGUGUAAAGGCUGGUUUUUGUGAGCUCAGGUGAGGAAUUGGGUUUUGAUUUCUUGUUAAUGAUGAUCUAGUGUCGUUUCAGUUUGUUUGCUUUUGUUUUGAUUGAUUUGAGUUAUGGGUUAGGUUCUCUUUCUAAGAUUUUGAUGUGGAUUGUGUGGAUUUUAGUGAAGAAGUUAGGUACGUUUUGUUUGGAGGUUAAGCAUUAUUUCUAUUGGUAGCAACUUUUGGUUGAUGUGGAAAUUGUUCUGGAUCUAAGCUUAUGUGGUUGAACGACAUGCAUUGCUAGCAUGAACUGAGCUUUUGGUCAGUUUGCUUGAUCUAAGAUUAUGUUCAAUGAAAUGGGAAGAUGGUAAAGAGGAAAAAGCAGACUGAGGUCGGCUAAGUUGGAAUGAAAUUUGAAGAUAUUUGGAUUUUGAAGUGUGAGUAGAAAAACCAUUAGCUUUGGUUGCUAAAAGCUUUGGACUAACAUAAAAUUUCGUUGGCCUUUGAUAACCAGUACAUCCGAUCAUUGUUUCUUUCACUCUUUGUGAGUUGAUACAAUGAUUCUAACCAAGCAGUACCGUUGCAUACACUCUUCUAGCUGUCAAUGUACAAAAGGGCAUCUGAGUGAAGAUGUGAUCUUUCUAGUGUUUCAUCAUCUGAACUGGAACCCGAAGUUGAUUGCCACUUUAUCCUGUGUCUGCAAAUGGUUUGAUGAUCUUGCCAAGCGAGUACUAUGGAAGGAAUUCUGCCGUACAAGGGCCCCAAAGAUGAUGCUUGAUCUGCAGUCCAGUGGGAGCCACAGUGUUGAUGGGAGCUGGAGGGCACUUGGAAAGCUGCUUAUUUAUUGUUCAGGAUGUAGCAAGGGUGGCUUGUUCGAUAGCAUUCACAUCCCUAGCCAUUUUGUUUACAGGACCAGGUUCUCCAGGACCUCAGGGAAAAGCUUCCUUUUGCCACAAUGUAGGACAGAUGUUUUGUAUGUGUCUGACCCUUGUGAACAUCUUGACCAAGGUGAGGAGGGUGAUGUGGGAUUCUUCCGAGGAGUUUUUAAGUCAUUUGCUAUGUCAAAGGUCCGGAAGAUGCUAAUUAAAAGGAAUGCACAAUUUCAUCCUUCAGAGGUGUGUCCUUAUUGUAAAGCAAAAUUGUGGAGCAUGCUGCAAGCAAAAAUGAUACCACAGAGUGCAAGCUGCAGAUUGGGUGCUUAUGAGGACUGCAUUGAGUACUAUGUAUGCCUCAAUGGACAUAUGCUUGGUAUUUGUACCCUCUUGCCCUUGUCUGAUUCUGAAGAGGUAGCAUCUGAAUCGGAGUGAUAGUUGGAAAGGAAUGCAGGUGAUUAAGAAAGCUGUAUAAUCUGCUGUAUAAUCCUGUAAUUUUUCAGAUUCUAGGCAUGUUAUGUUGUUGUUAUUAUUAUUAUUUGGCUGUCAAGCAUAUGUUAUGUUAUUGCAUUUUUUCUUUUUUGUGUAACUUUCCUAGGAAACCUACACCAAAGGAAUUGUAGUUAAGAGUGAAAAACUGAAUGAAACGCCUAUCUUUAACAGUUUGGAAAUUAUAUUACUUUUUAUAGGCCCAAUAUGCGGACUUUCAUUCUGAAAUGUAGUUGAGGUGUUGUAGAUUGUCUAUAAUUCAACAGUUACAGAUAGGCUUAAUCUCAUUCUGAAUCAGCAACACUGGAUUUUAUAAUCUAUAAUUCAUUUCUUUGCAACUGUGAUCAUGAUACUAAGGAUUGUUUAAGGUAAUUUUGAUGCAUGUCAAUUACCUUUCUUAGCCUCUAUGUUCCUUUUUCUAUCCAAUCCAGCAAAUGGAACAGAAACAAAUGUCAGUGUAAAUU